AUGAGAUACUUGAAAUGGCUCUUCAACCGCUGUUUUUCCCAACGUUCCGUUUUUUUGGCCUUUCUGGGGCUGGCCGUCAUAGUUUUGUGUAUGCACGUCCUACCUGCGGUUGAUUUGCAUUAUCAAUUUAGAAGAGGUAACCCUUUUCGUGAUGGUUAUAGGGGCCCAUUCAAAUCAGUUUGCGGUCACCAUGCUGAUCGAAGAGGUCCACAUCAAAAAGUCAUUAGCUAUUCAUUUUACGGCAACUUAUCAUCGCCAGUUUUUGCUAGCAAAUAUUUAAAAUACUUUAACGAGACACUCCAAAGCGUUCCUACGGCCUAUCCAGGCUGGGUGGUGAGGAUUUAUCACAAUCUAACGAUGGACAAUGAUGAAGGAUGGAAAAUCCUUGAGAACAGCAUAGCUUUCGCAGACCAUAUUGAUCUCUGCAAUGCAACUGAGGUGAUCAAGAAACUUAAUUUGGCCGACUUGUUUGCCAUGACAUGGCGCUGGCUACCGUUACUGGACGAGAUGGUGGACAUGUUAAUGUCUCGUGACUCGGACACUGCGAUCAUAACUCGUGAAGAGGACGCCGUUCGUGAAUGGCUGGCUAGCGACCGAAAUUUUCACCUCAUGAGAGACCAUCCUCAUCACUGCGUAACCUUCCUUGGAUGUUGCUGGGGAGUGAAAAUGAUCCAAUAUCGUCCGAUAAUUGUCGACGCAGCGCAGAAAAUGUUUCAUGAAAAUCAUCAGCACGAGUACGACUAUGACCAAAAAUUACUAAACAGACUCUUUUGGCCAAUAGCUCCAACUAGCAUGAUAGCUCACGAUAGCUUCUGCUGUGAAAAAAUCCCGCAUAGUAAGCCAUUUCCGACGGAGAGGAAAGAUGGCCUUUUUGUCGGCAGGCGAAUGUAUACAACGGAUAUAUUGGAAACUCCAUGUCCACAAAAAUGUCGCCCAACAAAUACCACGUCCGAGUGGACCUAUUGCUAAAAGGACACAUCAUCUAUACAAUGGACGUCUGUUGUAUCUUUUUCUUUCCAGUUUGAAUUACUUUUGAAAUUUCCUCCUUCAAUUUUUCUUUUUACCGAUUACCUGCCAAUUAAUGCGUUGUUCUUAAGAGUUUGUUCGUUUUCCCCUCCUCUCCAUGAUAGUACAUCUUUGUAAACAAGAAGAUUGCCAAUAACAACACCCAAUGAAGAGCACCAAUGGACAACCUGGAUUCCACCAGUCGACAUUCCGCAUCAAAUCGAUCCAAAAAUUAUCCGAUGAAGAACUGUUGUACUGCUGUGUGGUAAAACAAGAGAAAUUUCAGGCAGUCCCGCUAGACAUCGGACAUG